AUGCAAAACCUGAUGAUCGGUCAGAGCUUAGACCUGAUCUGGACAUAUCAGGUAUCUGCGCCGACGGUUGAAGAGUAUCUGCAGAUGGUCGACGGCAAAACGGGCGGCCUCUUCCGCAUGGUAUCAAGGCUCAUGGCCACUUUAUCGGAAUCUCCGGGCGUCAGAACAACUGAACUAAACAGUCUGAUGACACUGCUGGGCCGAUACUUUCAGAUCCGCGACGAUUAUCUCAAUUUGGCCUCUGCGGAGUAUACGCAAAAGAAAGGUUUCUGUGAGGAUCUUGACGAAGGGAAAUACAGUUUUAUCCUACUACACGCCCUGGAGAACUGUGACCGCACCACGCGCGCGCUGCUAAAUAACAUGCUGGUAGAGCGGCGUGUUGCUGGACAGGCAGGCCCAGGCCACAAGGAACUCAUCCUCUCCAUAUUGGAGCAGAGCAAGUCCUUCCAGUACACCGUGGAGAUGCUCGCGGUGCUUUUCGACGAGAUGUUGGUCGCGGUCGACGCGAUUGAGAGGAGCACAGGACGAGGAAACAAGCCCAUAAGAAAUUUGCUUGCGGCACUGGAAAUUAAGAGGGACGUGGGCUGCGAAUAG